CUUCUCCUCAAUACAUUCCCCAAAACCUACUCUUGUGUGUUUCUACAGCCCUUUAGAGCCACGCAAGUUCUCAUACCGGGCACAAUGGCUUGAAUAGUAAUUUAUUUACUCACGCUCUCCCCUCCCGGACCCGGCCGCUCUGUGGAAUCAGUGAACGGCGAUCCCUGUUUUCUUGGCUUCGGAUACGCUCAGCCGGACGAAAGCCGGGCAUCAGUUUGGCCGUGUGUGCUCCUUGUUUCCAUGUACACAACACACCCACUUUUACGAAGCUCCCGAAACUUUGUUUUUCGUCCCUCAUUCCCCUUCUUCUCUCUCUUUAUCGACUCUCAAUGAAUCCUGCCAUGAGGACGAGUAUCCGUCUUGGUGUGUUUCGGCCAGUAUUACUCGGGCGGGUCCCGGUCCGAUAUGUCUCGGGUCAUCGGCGUUUCUCUGUCUCGGCUACGGCCUCGGCGCCCGGGUCGCUGCCACUCAAGGGGUAUCGAGUGUUGGAUAUGACAAGAGUACUUGCCGGGCCAUACUGCACUCAGAUCCUGGGAGACCUCGGGGCUGAGGUCAUCAAGGUAGAACACCCGGUCAGGGGUGACGACACUCGAGCCUGGGGGCCGCCGUAUGCUACCUACAAGGCUGGAUCCUUACACGAGGGCCCCGGUGAGUCUGCCUACUUCCUGGGGGUGAACCGCAACAAGAAGUCGCUGGCCCUGUCUUUCCAGGAUCCUGCCGGCGUCGAGAUCCUUCACAAGCUGGCUGCCAAGUGCGACAUCUUGGUUGAGAAUUACAUCCCCGGAUCCCUGAAGAAGUACGGUCUGGACUACGACACCAUCCACAACAUCAACCCGGCGCUCAUCUACGCAUCCGUCACCGGCUAUGGCCAAACGGGGCCGUACUCGCAGCGCCCUGGCUAUGAUGUGAUCGUCGAGGCUGAGUUUGGCCUGAUGCACAUCACCGGCAGCCGAGAUGGGCCGCCGGUUAAGGUUGGUGUUGCAGUUACCGACUUGACCACGGGGUUGUAUACGAGCAACAGCAUCAUGGCUGCGCUGCUCGCACGUGCGAAAACCGGGAAGGGCCAGCAUAUUGACGCCGCGUUAAGUGACUGCCAGACGGUAACGCUGGCUAAUAUCGCCAGCAGCUGUCUGAUCAGUGGUGAGAAGGACACUGGUCGAUGGGGCACCGCACAUCCCUCUAUCGUCCCGUACAGGUCCUUCAAAACCAAGGACGGCGACGUAUUGUUUGGCGGAGGUAACGAUAAGUUGUUCGGUAUCCUGUGCGAUGGCCUGGGUCGACCCGAGUGGAAAGAUGACGCCAAAUACCAAAUCAACGCGUCUCGAGUAGCUCACCGUGAUGAGCUUGAGGCCGAAAUCGAGGCGAUCACGGUGACCAAAACGACACAGGAAUGGCUCGAUACCUUUGAGGGCAAGGGCAUGCCCUAUGCUGCCGUCAACGAUGUGCAAGGGGCUUUGGCUCACGCGCAGACCAAGGCGAGGAAUAUGGUCGUGGAGGUAGACCACGUGGAAUGUGGGCCGAUCAAGCUGCUUAACACGCCCGUCAAAUACUCGGAGAGUGAGCCCGGGAUCCGCAGUCCUCCCCCUACUCUGGGACAGCAUACGAACGAGAUUCUACGGGGACAUCUGGGGAUGGACGAGGCUCAGGUGCAAGAUCUGAGGCAGAAAGGCGUUAUGGCCGAUGAUGAGAUCCCAAACGAUGCGGUUGACAACUCCACGGAAGGGCCGCCCCCGACUCCGGGCCCGGCCCCAGUUCCCAGUCCCGGACCCGAACCUGGACCUGUUGUCGGAUCAGAACCCAGGCCCAGUCCCAAGCAAGAACCCAAACCCAGCCCACCCAGACCCAGCCCUGCGCCUUCCGCCUCCUUCUCGGCAACUCGGCACCUCUACAACCCGCAGUUCACCGCGGCCACGCAGAUGAUUCUAAAGAGGAUGAAGGGCGAGCCUAGUAGUCUAAGUGCCGCGUUGUCACAAGUCUCCCACUCGCCGGCCGUUACAGCGAACAUCCCCUCCGCAACAUACGAGGACGUCAAGAGACGUUUGGUCAUGGGAAUGAACACUUCGACUCAGAUGACCAUGCAGAUGCCCGCCGCACCCCCUGCCCGCCCAUCACUACCUGCUAUACUUCCCGCACCUAGACCGGCAGCCCCGAAAUACACAGGUAGCACUGCGGGCAUGAGCGCCAUCAGGAAAGUCACGGCCGGCCUAACGACCUCAUCAAAGCCGACUUCCAUCAAGGCCGCGGCCCCAAAAGUCCUCUCUUCAGAGAGCAAGAUUAAGAAGCCAAAACCUGUCACCGGCCCCCGUGGCCCACACGUCAAACGCAAACGCACCAAGACCCAACCCGACGAGGACCGAGACAACGACGCAAGCAGCACCUCCGGCCUCUCCUCCCCGGAACCCUCCUUCACCGCACCACCGCCCGAGUCGACCACCCCGCUCACCCCGACCCCGCUGACCAUGACCAAGUCGGGCCGGCAGGUGCUCAAGCCCGCCGCGUACGACCCGGCCGCGAUGGACGCGGCGAGCCGGCGGCCGCGGGCGCCGGCGCACCACUACGGCAAGCGCACGGCCGAGCAGGCGCUCUGCCUCAAGUGCAGCCGCAUGCACAGCCCCGCGGCCAACCAGAUCGUCUUCUGCGACGGCUGCGACGAGUGCUGGCACCAGCUGUGCCACGACCCCUGGAUCGGCGACGACGUCGUCCAGGACCGCGGCCGCGUCUGGUUCUGCGCCCCCUGCGCCGCCAAGCGCGACAGGCACGCCGCCAACAAGCGCCAGAAGGUCGAGCUGCACCAGCAGCAGCAGCAGCAGAACCAGACCCAUCACCAGGGGAGGGGUGGUGGUGGUGGUGGCAGGGAGAAGGGCAGCUGGGCGGGGAAGCCCGCCCAGCAGAAGCGCGCGUACCUCUCGACGCUGCCGCAGCAGGAGCUGGUGGGGCUGUUGAUGACCUGUCUGGAGGCGCACCCGGACCUGCCCAUCUUCCCUGCCCCGGAGCUGCCGCCGCCGCAGCAGCAGCACCAGCAGCAGCAGGCCUACCAGGCUGGCGGGACGAGGUCGAUCUUUGCGGGCACGACGACCGAGGGGCUGUUCCCGCGCGCCGAUGCCCACCCGACGGGGCAGAUCAACUUUGUGCGGAAGGUUGCUGCUGCUGGUGCUGGGAAAGGGGGGAAGGGUGGCAGCCAGAAGGAGGGCAGCCAGGAGGGUGUGGGUGAGGAGGAUGAGGAGUAUGACCCGCUGGCUGCGCUGUGGCCGAGGUCGGGGAGGGGCAUGUAUACGCGCCUGCCGCCGGAUACGGAGGAUGAGGCGAGGUUGGUGGAUGAGGGGGAUUUCGAAGCGUUUAGUAGUAUUGUGUAUGAUGAGAGGGGGAGGAAGGUGGAGGAGAAUGGUAUGAAGGUGUGAGGUUGGAAGGCGGGUAUUGGUGGGCGUGGUUGGGCUCAUAUACGUAGUUACGGUGCUUUGCUGUUGAGCUGUUCCGUUUUUUUGUCCCGCCGUAAAUACCUGAUGCACCGAUAGAGCCCCGAGGAAUGUAUUUAGUGCUAUAUAUGAUUCGUAAUACUCGUACCAACUUGUCUAAU